AUGGCACUGAGCUUCUUCAAGAAGGCGACAAGUCGCGGUGCUCAGGAGAUCGCUGCCUGGAACGCCAAAACCUACAAGUUCACCUUUGCCAACGAGUCGAAUGGAGCGGUCAAGAUUCUGCUCGAGGAAGAUCCAGAAGGUGUUAUGAAGCUGGAGGAAUGGAAAGUUGGAGAUGGCAUCCCGACCGUCGGAAAGGCCGAAAAGCGCCACUCACGUCGGGUGAGGGAGCUGAAGAAGUCAAUCCUCGCCACCUCCAAGCCGUUUCAGGAGUUCGUGUUGAUUCGAGAUCAGUUGAAGACGGUCCAGAUGAGAUCGCCUGUUUGCAAGUGUAGCAUCGCGCUGACGGAGUGGAAUGGAUCUUUGAAGAUUGUGGAAGUUCAGCGGCAAGUUUCGGAGACCGAAACUUUUGUUGUUCAUCCUGGAUAUGCGAAGAGCCCAGGAUAUUUCACUCUCCGUGCCGAUCUUCUCGAGCAUGCACUGCGAGCAGUUGGCUUGCAGCUCGGAUUCGACCUGAAAGACCUGAAAGAUGACGAAAGCGAGAUACCAGACAGCACUGCAUCAAAAAGAGCAUCAAUCGCAGACGUGUCGAGCUUAGCGGCAACAACCAUCUCAACUGGCGAAGUUGAGUCUGCCGCGAAGCUGCACGCGAAAGUGCCUAUUGCAAGUUCGAUUGGCAGUGAAGCGGAACGGACUCCAUCUUUUGAAGGUUCUGUCAGCUUCCACUCCGGCCUCCCGCACUCGAGACAUCUGCCUGCUGUCGAAGAGGUCCCCAGAGAGGAGCCUUGGAGGACCCAGCAACCUCGGCCGCCUUCCGCGGGCACGGCCGCCGCGGCUUCUAAAGGCGAAAGCAUGCCAGUUGGGUUUCUCCCUAUCCAGGGACAGGUCUUGCUGCACAGCAGCCGCAGAUGGCUACCUGCCAACUUGGUGGGUGUCAGCAUUGGCAUGGGUUCGGUUGAAGGCUGCCUCUACGUGGAGUACGCAGAUCCAUCCGGGCGCCCAAGGCGCCAGAUGAUACUGCCGGACCAGAUCCCUCGAAUGCUCCGAAAGGUUUAA